AUGGCCGCACGUCCCACCCUCACCGUCUGGUCCGCGUCAGGAGAGAGCUCAGGCUCAGUCCCCCUCCCCGCGGUCUUCACUGCCCCCAUCAGGCUCGAUGUCGUCCAGCAGGUCCACAAGUCGAUGGCCAAGAACCGUCGUCAGGCCUACGCCGUCUCCCCCAAGGCCGGUCACCAGACCUCGGCCGAGUCGUGGGGUACCGGUCGUGCCGUCGCUCGUAUCCCCCGUGUCGGCGGUGGUGGUACCCAGCGAUCCGGCCAGGCCGCGUUCGGAAACAUGUGCCGAGGCGGUCGCAUGUUCGCCCCUACCAAGACGUGGCGCAAGUGGCACUUCAAGAUCAACCAGGGUCAGCGCCGGUACGCCGUUGCGUCCGCCCUUGCGGCCUCGGCUCUCCCCUCCCUCGUCCUCGCCCGCGGCCACCGCAUCGAGCAGAUCCAGGAGGUCCCCCUCGUCAUCUCGUCGUCCAUCGAGUCGGUCCAAAAGACCAAGGCGGCCGUCGAGCUCCUCCAGACCGUCGGUGCCGUUGCGGACAUUACCAAGGUGUCCAACUCGCGCAAGCUCCGUGCUGGCAAGGGAAAGAUGAGGAACAGGCGGUACCAGCAGCGUCGGGGUCCCCUCGUUGUCUACGGUAAAGACGAGGGUAUCGUCCGGGCGUUCAAGAACGUCCCCGGUGUCGAGACUUGCAACGUCGAAUCCCUCAACCUCCUCCAGCUCGCCCCCGGUGGACACGUAGGUCGGUUCAUUGUCUGGACCGAGAGCGCCAUCAAGGCGCUUGACGAGAUCUACGAGAAGAAGUCUGGCUUCAACCUUCCCCUCGCCAAGAUCUCCACCUCGGACGUCACCCGCCUCAUCAACUCGGACGAGAUCCAGUCCGUCCUCCGCCCCGCUGGCCAGCCCGUUGCCAAGCGCCCCUUCACCCAGAAGAAGAACCCCCUCCGCAACAAGGCCGUCCUCUUCCGUCUCAACCCCUACGCAAAGACCCUCCGUCGUCAGGAGCUCGUCCAGCAGGAGCGCCGCGCCAAGAAGGGCGGUGCGUCCGUCAAGAAGUCUGCGCCCGGUUCCGCCGGCAAGGAGUUCUUGCAGAUUCUCAACGCUGCUUAA